GUACGGUACGGGGCGGCAUUAAAAGUCAACUUGCGUAAUUAUUAUUACUUGCUUGAGUGAAAACAUCCCGGAAACAUUUAAUAAUAAAUUUACGAAAUGGCCGACCUGUCAGGUAUGAGACAACCCUAUCAUAGGACGGAUUCCACGUUUGAUGUGAUAGAUCUUGCUAGUAAAGAUCCUAUGAAACAAUUUGAAGCAUGGUUUGAAGACACCUGUAAAGAUAAACUAGUACAAGAACCAAAUGCCAUGGCACUGGCAACAGCCUCAAGGUCUGGUAUCCCUUCAGUGAGAAUGGUACUGUGUAAAGGUUUUUCUACAGAGGGUUUCACAUUCUACACCAACUAUGAGAGCAGGAAAGGGAGAGAACUGGAUGCUAACCCAAACUGUUCCUUGAUGUUCUACUGGGAACCCUUGAAAAGAUCGAUACAAGUGCAGGGAGUUGCAGAGAGAGUUUCUGAGGAAAAAUCUCGGUCCUAUUUUGCAUCUAGACCUCUAGAAAGUCAGAUAGGUGCUCUUGUAAGCCACCAGGGUACUGUUUUACAGAGUAGACAGAUUAGAAUAGAAGGCAAAGUGGAGAAGGUAUCAAAGGAAAAGUCAAUCAAUUAUUUCAAUUCGAGACCGAAAGAAAGUCAGCUGGGUGCAAUAGUCAGUAAUCAAAGCACAGUCAUUCCGGAUAGAACGGUGUUGGAUACAAAGCUGAAAGAAUUGAAGGAACUGUACAGUGGUGAAGAUGUAUCUAUUCCUAAACCUGACUACUGGGGAGGAUAUCUGGUUCGACCAAAUGAGAUGGAAUUCUGGCAGGGACAGACAAACAGACUUCAUGAUAGACUCAAGUUCCGUAAACUAAAAGACGGAGAAACAUUUAAUGAUGAAUUAAUGGUAAAGGCAGAAGGGGACUGGAUUAUAGAAAGACUUUCUUCAUAAUAUUGUUAUAUGUGCAGUAGUUAUUGACUGGCCACAGGGUGUAACAUAUUCACAUCUGUUUUGUUCUUUAGAUAAGAUAGCUUUCAUAUUACUCAUUUUCCUAAUUGACAGACAGCAGUCAAAUUCUCAUUGUUAAGAAAAUGCUUUUGUUGUUGUUUAUCAAAUAGUCAAAGCCUUUGAGUGGUUUGUUGACAGAUUUAUCAUGGUUAAGAGUUCAGGUGUGCAGGAAUAAAACCACAAGGGUGUAAGCACCAGCUCUUAAAUAUAUUGGAGCAUCUAAAUGAUGGACAGUGGUAAGUCCGACGAUAAACCACAAGAAGGUCUUGAUUGUGUUCAAUCUUACAUGCUUGUUCUAACACUAAAAUGCUUGAAAUCAUGCUCAGAGUGGCACAGGGGUAUUGUAUCACUAUUUAAGUGCUUGAAGAAUGUCUAGAGGGACACAUGGGUCUUUUACUACCAUUAAAAUGCUUGAAAUAUGUCAAGAGGGACACAUAGGUGUGGUACCACUGUUAAAAUGCUUCAGAUAUGCCCAGAGGGUCACAUGGGUCUUGCACCACCGUGUAAAUGCCUGUAAGAAUGUCCACUCUUGAGUUGUGCAUGGGUCUUGAACCACCAUAUUAGUGCUUAAAAUAAUUUUCAGAUUUGCUUAUCGGGUCUUGUGCUAUCAUUAAAAUGCUUGAAAUGCAUGCAGGACACUUUGGUCUUUUACCAAUAAAUUGCUUGAAUAUGUCAACACAUGGGUCUUGUACCACCAUUAAAAUGCUUGAAAAAUAUCCAGAGGUGCACAUUAGUCAUAUACUGCCAUUAAAAUGCUUGAAAUAUGUGCAAAGGGACACAUUGGUCUUGUAUAACAAUGAAAAAAUGUUCAGUGGCACGUGUGUCUUUUACCACCAUUAAAAUGCUUGAAAUAAUAUCCAGAUGGUCACAUGGGUCUUGUACCACAAAAUGUUUGAAAUAAUUUUCAGAGGGUCACAUGGGUCUUGUACCACAAAAUGUUUGAAAUAAUUUUCAGAGGGUCACAUGGGUCUUGUAACACAAAAUGCUUGAAAUAAUUUUCAGAGGGACACAUGGGUCUUGUACCACAAAAUGCUUGAAAUAAUUUUCAGAGGGACACAUUGGUCUUGUACCACAAAAUGCUUGAAAUAAUGUCCAGAGGGACACAUGGGUCUUGUUCCAUUAAAAGUGCUGGAAAAAUGUUCAAUGGGACAUAGGUCUUGUACCACCAUUAAAGGGCUUCAGCAUGAAAUACUGUUCAGAGUGGCCAGUUUAUUAAAAUGCUUUAAUUAAUGUUCAAAGAGUCUUGUCUUAUGCCAGUAUUAAAAUAUGUAAUAACCCAUCAAACCUACUUUUCUAGUUUUGUACAUUUGUCCAUUAUGAUUUGGAAUGUUGAUGCCUCUUGGAUCUAUUUUUAUCACCAAGAAACUAAUUAUUAAAAUGUGUUAUAGGCAGUCAAACUAACCAUUCUAGUUUGUAUAUUUGUCCAAUGUUUGGGAAUGUUGGUUCGUCUUGGAUCUGUUUUUGUCUUGAAUAAACUAGUUUGUCAAGUUCAUGGGUAUUAAUUUAUUAGUUCACCAGAACCAAAGGUUAAUGGUGAGCUAUUGGUAUAGGUGGAUGGUCGAGCUUCUGUUGUCCGGGGUCAUUCAUCCACACUUUUGUAUAAAUAUGUUCUGCUCUGGAACUAUUGGUCAGAAGUAAAUCAAACUUGGUCUGUAGCAUUCUGGCAAGGUUAUCCCUCAUAUUUGAUCAAAUUGGAGUGUAUAGCCCCUUUUAGGGCCCCUAGUACUAAGAAUAGAAAAACAUUUAUAUGACUAGCUUGAUGGAUCUUCAUCAAACUUGGUUUCUAGUAUCAUUGUAAAGUCCUUUUCUAGUUUUGUUCGAAUGGUGGCACUUGACCCCUUGUAGGGGCUGCUGGAGCUGAAUACUGGUACAGAAAAACCUUCAGCAACUUCUCAUGAAACACUUGUUAGAUCGUAAUAAAGAUUUGACUGUAGCAAUAUUAUAAGAGCCUCUCCCAAAUAUCUUCAAGUGGGGGCACUUGGCCCAUUUUAGGAGUGGUUACUGCUAAAAUUAGAAAAGUCUCUAAAUGUCCCCUUCUCGUGAACUGCUUCAUAGAUCUUCAUUUUUGUUCAAAGGAGCACUUGCCCUGCCCCUUGUCUCCUAGGACCCACUAAAGCUUAAAAUAGAGAAAUUAUUAAACAACUUUUUCUCUUGAACUGCUUGAUGGAUCUUCAUCAAACUUGGUUUGUAGCAUCAUUGUAAAGUCUUGUCCAAGAUUUGUUCAAAUUGGGGCAGCUGGCACCUUUUAGGGGCCAUUAGAGCUAAAAAUAGAAAAAACAAACCUUUAGCAACUUCUUCUCUUGAACUGCUUGAUUGAUCUUCCUGAAACUUGGUCAGUAGCAUCAUAUAAGGUCAUUUCAUAAAUUUAUCGAGUGGGUGCACUUGGCCCCUUUAAGCGAAUAGUUUAGCAACAAAAAGGAACAUCUUCAAAAAAAAAUUUUUCAGUGGAUCGUCAUUAAAUUUGGUGCGAAGCAUCCUCUUAUAUUUGUUUAAAUGAGAGCACUUGACUUACUAAACACAGGUGUUACCAUUUGUGAUUUUGUGUCGUGCAUAAUUAUAUGCAAGGUCAAGUGGUCAAUUGCAGGGGAGCGACUUCUAACUUUAUUUUUAUAUUAAUUUUAUGUUCAAAAUAUUUACAUGUACAAGAUAUAAAUCCAUAUCAGGAAAAAUACAUAACUGUUAUACCAGUAUUUAUAUUAGUUAUACAAUUUUGUAUGGGAAUAUGCUUGUAAUUAUUGUUUUUGUCAAUUCAUUGAUUUUAUUUUAAUCUUACAGAACAUUACUAAGUAAUUGUUAACACAGCACCAUUUGUAGACGUGUUAAAUAUACAUGAUGUGAAUAUUUAUAUAUGUGUGCUGUUAAAGGUGCUGUUGAAUUUUAUUUUUUCAAAACUUUAUUUAAUUUACAUACAAAUUGUCUCUGUACUACUAGGAAGACAUUUAAUCUUAGGAGCAUGAAAUUUCAUGGAUUUGAGCAAAAUAGCUAUUUUGGUGGUGGGGAGGGAUUUGAAUUCACCAGUUUUAUGUUAUGAUGAUUUCAUAGCGAGGUCACCUGUAAGGAUAGUCGGCAACUUUUGAUCAUAUUUUUGCCUUUAAAAAUUUCCAGGCUGUUCCUGAAGCUACAUACUGUUUGCAUACUACAUUAAAUGCCAAAGAAUGCUGAAAUAGCAUGUUAUGAGAAUAACUAAUUGCAAAGAAAAUGUUACUGUCAUUACUGGAACACUGAAAUUGUAAUUAUCCCCCUCCCUCCAACUCGGGCAUUGCUUUAAUCACUGCUGUCACAAAAUACCUCAUGGCCAUGAAUGUCACAUUGCCAUUGAAAAGAAAUUCAAUUACUCUUUUCUUUUUUUGUUGUAUUUUCUCAUUUUGUUGCCCUCAUAAGCCUAUUUCUGAAAUAUACUCAACUUCAGUAACUAAAAUCUAACAUCAAAUGUUGAAAAAAAUAUGAUUGUGGGGCAGGUCUGUAUUGGAAGGGGACACAACUGCGUAGGUUAUUGUUGACUAGUGUGAAAUUAUUUAUAUUUUGUGGAACUAAUGUAGUAUGGUAAUGUAUAAGGGUGAACUUACCUUUUAUAGUGACCCCCUUAGGUGUGAGAGGUCCUGGGUCCGAUUUCUGGUCAGGGCUAAUAUAUUUUCAGUCUGUUACAUUUGACGCCCAACAUUAGUGCUCUGGUAGAGUGUCCCGCCUUUGGUGUGAGAGGCCCCAGGUUCGAUUCCCGGUCAGGGCUAAAGUAUUUUCAGCCUAUUACAUUUGGCUAAAGUAUUUUCAACCUAUUACAUUUUGGAACUUCUCACAGAGGUUCAAACUCCUGGAAUAUAAGGACGACUUUUAAAAUGGAGGGAGUGUAGGUAGUAGGGUAAUGUAUAAGGGUACACUUAUACUUCCUUGCUUUUGGGCUACUUUUUAUAGCGACUUGAUAAGUGUCGGCCUAAGGUGUUAAGAGGUCAUGGGUUCGAUUCCCGGCCAGGGCUGAAAUAUUUUCAGUCUGUUACUCUUAUUUUUGCGGAUUUUGUGGAUGUGUUAAUCAAAACAGUUACAACCAAAAAAAUAAUAUUUAUACCUAUUAAAUUUAAAAACUUUGAAGUCAUGUGAAAUAUCUGCAUCAGCUGAAACCACACAGUUUGAUUGCAACAAAAUUAAAACCUUUACCACGCUUAAUUUCUGAUACGGACUGGUCUAUCAUUCAAUUUGGGCAGUACCACUUCUCAUUCAAAGGGGUGUUCACUGAAAGUUUACUGACUGAAUAGCAAACAAUGCAGACCAAGAUCUGCCAGCAUGGAUGUGCAGGCUGAUUUUGGUCUGCACUGGUAGCAAAGGCAGAAUCACUAGCCAGGCUAAAGGUUAAAUGAUUUCACACUAGUUAAUUUCAGUUCUCUACUAGUGACCUUGUCUAUACUGAAUUCUUGUUGCAAUUAUGUCAAAUUUAAAGUCAAGAUGUUCCUGUUUGUUUUUAAGCAGAACAGAAUUUUGUAACUAAAUCUGAAGUCCAAUUUGUCUCUUUAAAAGGACAAUGAAGAAAAUUAAUGUUUAGAUAUAAUACUGUUUAAUAAAAUGUUUUAUUCACGA